CCGCAUUUUUGUUUAGUAACUUGUGAACCACCACGAAGAACGUACAUAGUAACACAAUCAAUGAAAUUUUCAAAACACAAACAAAACAUAAAAUCGAAAAAUGUCGUUAUCGUUAUACAUCACAGUGUUGAUAACGUUGAUAUUUUUUAUAAAAUUUGGUGAUUCAAUUGAUUGUUUCAAGUGCAUUUCAAUAAAUCGUGAUAAUCCAUCGUGUGACGAUCCAUUUCAUAAUAACUUUUCGGUGAAGUUUUUCGAGGCGCCAUGCAUGGGUGGUCGGAAAGGACGGGAUGGGUUAUAUCCAGCUACUUCCUGUGUGAAAAUCAAUGGAAAAUUUGAGAAUGGUACGUCGUUAACGAUACGCAGCUGUGAAUUAGACAGCGGUACCUUGACAACAGACACCGAAUUAAUCCGAAUGUCUCAUUGCGGUGGAUUUGUCUAUGGAGGACAGUACGUGCGUGGAUGUGUUCAGAGCUGCAACGACGCCGACGGAUGUAAUCGCGCCACGAUGGCGAUAUCAUCUAAUGUCUUCUACCCAACGAUCAUCAGCGUCUUAUCAGUGAUAAUUUACAUCAUGUGUUAACACAUUUCCGCCACUAAUACUCAAAUCGAUUACUAAUUUUCAUUUAUCACACAGCAGGAUUCAUUUAAAUGUAAUUAUUUUUGAAACUAAUACGUGAAUAUGAAUCUCUUUGAAUUUUAGUUUGUUUGUGACACUUUCACGCGUAAACCACAAAAUCAAUUUUGAUAAAUUUUGGUACAGAGAUACUUUCGAGUGUACAGAAUCAAAUAGGCUACUUUUUGUCACAAAAAUUUAACUUGAGGGGCGUAAAUAAGGGAUGAAAAGUAAUAAGGAAACUCAAUCAUUGUUACAGCUAUAUAAUUUAAACAAAGAUGGCGCUUAUAUGUGUUAAUAUCAUUUCUCAUUUCAAUAAAAUUGAGAUCAUACCAGAAGAAAAUAA